AUGGAAUCAAGAUUAUGUAAAAGAUGUCAUAAAAAUUGUAUAACAGGUGUUGCUGUAGAAGAUGAUAAGAUAUGUUCUGUAGGUAAAGAUUCUACAGUACUAUUACAUCAAAAAACUGAAUCUGAACUAAUUUGUAUAAAUAAAUUUAAUCUAUCAGAACAUAUUAAUUUAACUUCUGUUGAUAUUUUGAAUAAUCAAAUCAUCACAUCAGAUUCCAUAGGUUACUUACAUCUUAUUCCCAUCAACACUAAUAAUACUAAUGUUAAUACUCUUAACGGUAGUAUAUUUAAUGGUAAUAUAGUUAAUGGUAAUGGUAUAAAAAAUAAAAUACAUAAUGGUAUGGUAAGUUAUGUAAAAUAUAUAAAUGAUAAUCAAGUAAUAAGUUGUGGUUAUGAUAAUAAAGUUCGUGUAUGGGAUUUAAGAAGUUUAAAAAUGCCAAUACAUAAUUUAAUUGGACAUACAUCAAAUGUUAAUUAUUUAGACACAAUAUUAUUGGAUAAACCUGAUGAACAAAUUAUUUCAUUCACUAAUGAAUCUUUUAAAAUUCUUUCAGCAGCUUCGGAUCGUACUACAAAUACUGGAACACAUAUGGUAUAUAAAAUACCAAUAGAAAGAUCACAAAAUGCAGAAUGUUGUUGUAUAAUAUUAGAGAAACCGAAUUAUAUAUUUGCAGUAGGAUUAGAUGAUGGAAUUUUAUUAAUUUACAAUUCAAAAUUAAAAAAUCCAAUUACACAAGAAAUCAUUGGAGAUAAUAUUAAUUGUAUUCGACACUAUAAUGAGAUUAUAUUUGUUUCUACAAGUUCAGGUGAAUUAAUAUUGUUUAAUUAUAAAUUUAAUAAUAAGUUUACUGAAUGUGAAUUAAUAUUAUUGAAUAAAUUAACAUUUCCAGGAAGUAUAAAUGAUUUUAAAAUACAAUAUUCUAAUAAUAUAUUAAUUUGUGCUGUUGGUACAGAAUUAAGAUUAGGAAGAUGGAAAACAAAUCUCUCAACAAAUAAUAAAAAUCAAAUUAUAAUACAAUAUCUUAACAUAUAA